AAAACUCAACUUCUGUCUUUUCUGGGCAUGACAGGUUUCUGUAGACAAUGGGUUCCUGAAUAUGCUCGUUUGGUACGGCCCUUACAGGACAUGGCCCAUGGCCAGAAGCUCGCGUCACAUGAUAGGGUAGUGUGGACCCCUGAGGCAGAUGCUUCUUUUAGGUCCUUAAAGCAGGCCUUGGCUACCUCUCCCACUUUAGGGCUCCCUGAUCCUAAGAAGAAGUUUGUUCAAGCAGUUUGUGAAAAGGAUGGUUAUAUGUCCUCAGUCUUAAUGCAGAAACAUGGUGAUAAGUUGAGGCCAAUUGCAUACUUUUCUUCUAGACUGGAUGCUGUAGCACAAGGCCUUCCCUACUGUCUGAAGGCUGUGGCAGCGGCAGCAGAUGCUGUUUUGUGGUCUCGGCCUCUGGUGUGUAAUCACCCACUUGAGCUACAAGUUCCUCACUCUGUUGCCUCUAUUUUGUUGGAACACAAGACUAGUCAUUUGUCAGGUGCUAGGUUUCUGCAUUAUCAUAACGUUCUACUGUCUUUACCCCACGUCACUAUUGUAAGGAGUCCUGUUUUGAACCCGGCCACUUUCCUCCCCACUGAGGUGGAUGGUGAGCCGCAUGACUGCCUCUCUGUUAUUAACCAACAGUGUACUCCUCGUGAUGAUUUGUCUGAUGUACCUCUACUGAAUUGUGAUCUUGUUUUUUAUGUUGAUGGGUCUGCUAGUAAAUCUCCUAUUUCUGCUGUCAAUAAUGUGGGUUAUGCCAUUGUCACUGAUCAUGAUGUGGUUGAGGGUCACAGACUGCCACACCAUCUCUCUGCUCAAGCUGCAGAACUGUUUGCUCUCACUCGAGCUUGCAUCCUUGCUGAGGGUCAAAGUGUUACCAUUUACACUGAUAGUAGAUAUGCUUUUGGUGUUGUACAUGACUUUGGUACAUUGUGGAAAAUGGGGGGGUUUAUUACUUCUUCUGGUACACGGAUUCAACAUGGCCACCUUAUUCGUAACCUUUUGGAAGCUGUUUUGUUACCUAAGGAAGUGGCCAUUUGUAAAUGUGAGGCCCAUACUACAGGCAGAGAUGUUGUUUCUCUUGGGAAUCGCAGGGCCGAUGCUGCUGCUAAAGCCGCAGCUCAGACCCCCCCUCAUUCUGCUUUGCAGAUGACCCAUCUGACCCCCACAGUUUCCCUCACUGAUCUUGUUGAAGCGCAAUCUCAGGCUUCGCCUAAAGAGAGAACCGCUUGGAAGAAAGCAGGGGCAUCCUAUGUGCAUACUGUUUGGAUCGGCCCUAAUGGUAACCCCUGCUUGCCGAAAUGUCUGUUUCAUUUCUAUGCGGUGCUCUCUCAUGGAAAAGAUCACGCUUCAAAAGGGGGGAUGGUGAAUAUUGUAAAUAAGUAUUGGUACACACAUAGCAGACUGGCAGGCACAUGGUUGGACCGAGGUGGCAGCACAAAUGACACCACCAGAUAA